UUUAAUUUCAGAUAACAAUUUAGCAAAUUCCGACCGCCAUGAGUGCCGCCGCGCUGAUUCCGGCAACGAACACCGUCGCAUUACAAUUUCCCUGCUCCGCGACAACUCGGAACAGACGAAAACCCCUUGUUUCAGUCAGGAGUUCACUAGCAAUCGAGACGGCGGAAGACCAGGCGUCGUCGGAGACUCCGCCGGAACCCUUCAACCGCCGCCUGAUAUUGCUCCGCCACGCCAAGAGCUCCUGGGAAAACCGUUCCGUCAAAGAUCAUGAUCGGCCUUUAAGUAAAUCUGGAAGGGAUGAUGCCAUUAAACUCUCGAAAAAGCUAGAAAAGUUGGGCUGGAUUCCUCAGCUUAUAUUAUCUAGCGAUGCACAGCGAACGAGGGAGACGUUGAAAAUUAUGCAGGAGCAUGUACGAGCUUUCUUGGAAGCCGAGGUGCAUUUCAUUUCAAGCUUUUACUCGAUUGCAGCCAUGGAUGGACAAACUGCGGAGCAUCUUCAACAGGCUAUUCGUAAAUACUCGAGUGAUGAGAUCUUUACAAUAAUGUGUAUGGGCCAUAACAAGGGAUGGGAGGAGGCAGCCUCCAUGUUUUCCGGUGCCUCCAUAGAACUGAAGACUUGUAAUGCUGCUUUGCUUGAAGCAACUGGCAAAUCAUGGGAAGAGGCGUUUUCUUUGGCGGGAUUUGGUGGUUGGAAGCUGAACGGCGUUGUAAAGCCAGAUACGGAUCUAUAGGAAUUGUAAAGCACCAUCCUAGCUCUCUUUGCACUUGCUUUGUCCUCUUAUUCACGAAGGAUUAAAACACGAGCACAAAAGACGGUCUCCGGAAAAUAUCACAUUCUCCGUAUAAAUUUUGCUAUGGCUGCAAAGAGUCGAGUACGAGCGAGAAGACAGAGAUGUGACUAUUAUCAAUGGCUACCCUACUGCAAUAUAUUUUUUAUUCGAUUUACAGAAGUGCAUUCCUUCAUCAGCAAAAUCACAAUCACAAUGGAGAUUUUAGGACCAUCCAUGGAACAAGACAGCUAAGGUGGAAUUUUAACCUCACCAUUAAACUCUGCUAGAGUUUUCUUCACUGUGAUUUAUGUUCUUCCAUGAAUAUUUGUUAGUUAAAAACUUCUAGGAAAUAUAAUGGCAUUCGCCUUGCGAUGACAAGGAACGAUUUCAUCGUGGAAAUAUGGUGUUCAACCUUUUA